GACAAGCUGCAGACUCAGGGCAUGGCGGAUGGCUCUACUUGUUGCACAGUAAGGCGUGUUCGAUAAAUCUUUUACCCAGGAUACAAUUGGUUCCAAAGUUCAAGGGUAAAAUAUCCGGGAGCACAGCGCAGAUCGGAGAACAAGAAGAGGACGAGUCAAAGACAAGUGUCAAGGAACAAACGCAGUCAAGUCAGAAUAUGGCCGAGAGCACAAGUCCAAAGGGCGGCACUGGUGACUUUGCUAAAAAAGUCCAAAGACAGCUGAGCAGAAGCAAAGAAAAGGUACUGCAGAAGUUGGGGAAGACGGUGGAGAGCAGAGAUGACCACUUUGAACAUUGUCUCCAACAGUUUAAUGACCAGCAGACUGAUGGGAACCGACUGUACAAGGACCUGAGGAACUACAUUAAUUCAGUUCGAGACAUGCGCGAAGCUUCAAGACGCCUUUCCCAGUCUCUGUUUGAUGCUUACGAAACUGACUGGGCUGGAGAGGAAGAUUUAGGAGCCAUUGUAGAGGGGGAGGACCUCCUGUGGAAUGACCUCGAGGUGAAGCUAGUAGAUCAGGCCGUACGCACCAUGGAGUCCUACGUGAGCCAAUUCCCAGAUGUCCGGGAGAAAGUAGCCAAGAGGGGCAGAAAAUUGGUCGACUACGACUCUUCCCUUCACCACCUGGAGGCACUGCAGACUGCUAAGAAGAGGGACGAUGUCAAGAUCAACAAGGCAGGCGAAGACAUGAAUGCUGCUAAAAGUGUCUACGAAGGGAUCAACUUUGAGUUAAAAGAAGAGCUGCCGGUGCUCUUUGACAGCCGUGUUGGAUGCUUUGUGACAGUCUUCUCAGCUGUAUCCAAUUUAAGAGACAUCUUCUACAAAGAAAUGCGCACGCUCAACCUUGAUCUGCUGAAUGUGAUAAAGGAGCUGCAGGCUCAGCACCCGGACAAAAUGUUUUCUUUGAAGGGAAUGCAACGGUAUGGCUCCCUGAAGAGACGAACUCUGACGUCCCCUAAGGCCUGGAAAGCCAGCUUCUCUGAUUUUCACAAGAGCUAUAGUCCUAGACCUGGCCAGAGGUUUAGUUUCAAGUCCCCAGACAAGCCUCGCCACAGCACUUUGUCCAGACAGAGCAGCACCCUCGCCGUCUCACGGCAAUCAUCCCUUCCGGAGAGCCCCACUUCCGAGUCCAGGGACCUGGACGCGGGGUCGAGCCACAGUGAGAUCCACAGUUCUCCUGCACAGGAAGACGCUGCAGCUGGAAAUGAGCAUAAGUCUGGAGAGGACGGCAAUGAUGUGGAAGAGGAGAAGGGCAUGAAAGAAGAGGAGUCUGAGGCCAAGCCCCCCGCAGAAUCUGAUAACAAGGGAGACGGUAGGAAAGCUCCACCAAGUGAGAGCAGCUGUGAACUGAACAACUCCGGGGAUUCAGAGAGCUUGGAGCUUCAGCUGUCUGCAGCAGACGACGGCCCGCUGCACAUUGAAGAGAGAGAAGACAGCCCGGUGGAGCUCAACACCCUUAAACCAAAUGGAGUGGAGAACGGUGAAGUUUCCGGGUUGCACUCCGACACCGAGGACCCGAGCCUUCCUCACAAGGAUGCUCCUGCAGAAAAACAGACAUCUCCAGACUCAAAAAGCACAGAGGUUUAAAGUAUUCAGACUUAAGAGAAGCGGAGGAGAUUGAAGUCAACAGCUGCACAAGGGAAAAAAAAAAAGUGGAGACAGCAGCGCUGAAAUGUUCAACUCUAAUUUCAGGAAUGAUGGACAUGUGCAUCGACUUGUUGGUGUUAGUUUUCUUAUUUAUCUUUCAUUGAAAUCGGUUGUACAUACAGUGCAGUUCAUUUUAUGGGUAAAGUCAUAUUUUUUUGUAACAGCCAUGUUUCAUUUUAAGUAUCCUUUGAAAAGUAUAGAUUAUAAAUAGACUUUUUCCGCCACAGGUUUCAUUAUAUUCUGCACCAUAAAUGAGUUAUUUUAUGUACCCCAAACAUAAGUGCACCAAGGUUUACAUUGUUAGAAACGUUUCUUACUGACUACAGGUCACUGUAUACAAUGUGCAUGUGCAUGUGCUGGGGAUUUCAUUUUCCAUUUUAGUUUGAAUUACAUCUAUUAUAUUAGUGUAGUAUAUUUGAUCUUUUUCCCUCACAAAACAGUAAUCAAAGUAGUUGUGCACUGUGAAGAUGAAUCAUUAUGUAAUUCUGAACAAUUAUCUUUUUUUGUAUCACGUUUAUACUAAUUUGAUGAAAUAUAUAAAUUAAUAUGAAAUGUGUACACAAUAAA